AAAAAUAUCAUUAUAGGUUCUUCAUUUACAAUUUUGGCAAAAAAUUUAAUGAGUUGGAAAUACAUUAAAACACAACAAAUGACUAAGAAUGAGGAGUGUCGUGUUCUGUUUGGUGAUGGUAGUAACUUUGGUUAACGUCACAAACGGGAAUGUAUCCAGCAAGUUGCAGUAUUAUGAGUUUCUGCGUAUGUCUGACAUUGAGCGUCGGACUAGGCGAGGAGCUGAUCCAAACCCUGCUUCACAUCUGCACCAAUUCUGGUUCAAAGCAUUUGAAAGAAAAUUUCAUUUAGUUCUCAAGCAAUCCAACAUCUUACCUCGUGAUUUUAAAGCAAGAACACUCAACAAUAAACAGAAGAGAGAAUUUUUCAUUCCAAACUCAGAAUUUCUUCAAGGUUAUUUGUCAGAUGAUGACAGUUCUCAUGUAGAGGCUCAUUGGGAAGAUGGUGUGUUAUCAGCAAGUAUUACUACAGCAGAUGAUAUCAUUGUGAUCGAGCCUUCUUGGAGAUUUCUAAGAAGUUUGACACAAGGACAGAAUGGCAGCAUGAUAAUCUACAAGAAGUCUGAUCUGAUAUCUGAUCCCCAAGAUAAAGCCUUCGGAUAUAGGAUGAAAUUUUGUGGAAGUGGUGCUGAAGUGUCAAGAGCAGCAGAUGAAAUCCCAUCAACACCUGAAAACAUUUUUUUAGAAAAUUAUUACACAGACUAUAAGCAUCGGAGAUUAAAAAGACAGCAGGAUUUCUUAGGUCCUAGAAAAGUUUGUCGCCUUUUUGUAGUAGCAGAUUAUGAGUUUCAUAAAAACGUUGGAGGGAAAAACAAGCACACAACUGCACGUUACAUUAUAGGAAUAAUGAAUAGAGUAAAUCAGAUAUUUAUGGGAACAAAAUGGCCAGAUGAUAAUUCCAACAUACAGGGUCUUGGUUUUGAGAUUGCAGAACUGGAAAUCCAUGAAAACUACACAUACCAAGGUGUUCAUUUUAAUAAUCCGAACAUGCAGUGGAACACAACAUACCUUCUGCAGGUCUUCAGUCGAGGUUCAGCAUUUAAAGACUACUGCCUGGCCCACUUGUUUACUUACCACAGAUUUUCUCGUGGGGUGCUAGGAUUAGCUUAUAUAGCAGGCAGGGAAAACAGCCAGCCCGGGGGAAUAUGCUCCACUGGUCCCUCCCCAGGCAAAGUAGGGAAACUGUGUUCUUUCAAUGGACAAUGUGGAAAUCCUUUUUUCCAGUCCCAGGGUUAUGAGACAACUUUUAACACUGGUUGGAGCUCUGCCCAGAACAGCGAAGGCGAUAGAGUUCUCUCCCUUGAAGCAGCAUUAGUUAUUGCUCAUGAGCUCGGUCAUAACUGGGGGAGUGAACACGAUCCAGAUACUCCUGGCUGUGCCCCAGGGGUAGAGAAAGGAGGAAAAUAUCUCAUGUAUCCAUAUUCUGUAAGCGGGUAUGAGCAUAAUAAUCAAAUUUUUUCUUCCUGUAGUAGAAGAUAUAUUUAUAAUGUGAUAAAAUCCAAGGGACCUGGGUGCUUCACAGAGAGUAAUACUCUGACCGUCUGUGGUAAUGGUCGGAUAGAGGCGGAUGAAGAAUGUGAUGCCGGAUUCAAUGGGGACCACUGCUGUUCAUCUCAGUGUAAACUACAGAGUGGAGCCAUCUGUAGUCCGAUGAACCACGAGUGUUGUGAUAAUAAAUGCCGUACUGCUGACAAUAAUACUAUUUGUCAUGCCUUGCCUGAUAAUCUGGUCACUUGUAAAGGGAUUUCUAAGUGCAAUGGUGUAGAUUUGACUUGCCCAGAAGCUGGGAAUAAAGACGACAACUCGACUUGUGUGGAUGGAGGAAAGUGUAAGAAUGGAGUAUGUCUAAACUAUUGUGAGCUCCUUGACAAAGUUCCAUGUAUUUGCUCCAAAGAGAGUGGAUAUGCAUGUUACCGCUGUUGUAAAGCAUUGAAUGCCUCAGAAUGCUUGCCCGAGCCCCCACCCCCUACCUUUUUCCAGAAACUUCCCAAUGGCAGGCCAUGUUUUCAUGGUGUUUGUGUGGAAGGUGUGUGUGAGAAACAAAAGAAUCAUAUUGUUCAGAGAUUAUUCAGCAUUAUUGAUACCAUUACUGUUGAUCAGUUUGUUGAGUUUAUGAAAACCAAUAUUGUUGGUACCAUUCUUGUGUUCUCCUUGUUGCUGUGGAUUCCUGCUAGCUGUACAUUUAGCCAUUUUGAUAAAAAGAGAGAAAAAAGAUUGAGAAUGAGGCAUGGAAGGUGGAAAAGUCAUUCAAGAUACACCUUGCUUAUGGACUGUCUGGAUGCUGAGGACAGACAGAGGAUCAAGCAGGCGGGAAGUUUCCGUGUGAAACAUGUCGGAGGCAGCGUGAUCCGUCAUUCUGCCAUCCGUGCAGGACACAUGUACUUAACUCAAUCCAACUUCACCAAAGAGGUUUUACAGUAUGCGGACGAUUUGAAGGAGUCCUCGGUGUGAUCAGUGUGAAUGAGAGAGACAGCUGUGUUCUGCUUGUAAAGCCUUAAAUCUUUCAAUCGUUGUGUGAUAGUCUUAUAACCAAAAGUGCAUUAUUUCAUGUCUAACAGGUAAUUCUCAGUCAACUCAUACAACAUAUAUAUUUUACAAGAGGGUUUUAUUUUUUAUUAUGUUAUAAAUGUUUUAUUGUGAUUGGGAACAAGUAUAUUUGUUUAUGUUGCACAGAGAGUGCAGUUUGUAUUUGAUCUUCUUAAAUCCAAAUUUUAUGAAUUUUUAUGCUUUAAGAGAUUUAUUAAAUGAUUUUAAUUUGAAACAUA